UUCACGGUUGAAGUUCUACUACCGAGGACCCGAUACUGGAGAUGAAUGGGCAUUGGUAUGUUCUGGAGGCGCCAGCACUUGCUCCCCGCUGGACCCCCCCCCACAAGCCAGAGAUUACAGUCUUUGGUGACAAUCCCAGCUAUUUCUUGAAAAAUGCCUCGGCGGACUAUGAAGAUCCUGGAUCCCAAUGCUUGAGCGGCGACGAGGACUCCGUCAACAGAUGGGCCUGGGAGGUCGUUCUGAAGAAACCAUCUCUGGGGACCACUGGCACCUUCUAUACGAACUACACCUGCGAGGAUAGCUAUGGCCUUAUCGACACGGCAAACCGUGAGGUGAUUAUACGCGAUGUGCCAUCCAUCACAUUGAUCGGGCCAACGCCGUUUGUGUUACUCAAGGAUGAUACCUUUUCCGAUCCACAGGCCUGUUGUUUGGACUUUGCGGGGAACAGCCUCUCAGUGGUGUCCUUCCAGUCAGUCACCAGCGACGAAGGGGUCUACGAGACCAGUUACACCUGUGUGGACCCCUUGAUCAGCUACAUGGUCACCGCAAAUCGUCAAGUGGUUGUCAACACCGAGCCUGUUAUCGAGUUGCUGGGCGACAGCACGGUGAAGAUCACCAAGGGAACCGGAUAUGUGGAUGAUGGUAUAGUAUGUCAUGACGCUGAAGAUGGGCUCAUCACCAACAUUCGCCCGGACAAUGAAGAGAAGCCUGGAUCAAUUUGCAAAUGA